AUGAAAUCACUUCAAGUGGCCCAAGCACCAGACCCUGAAAAUCAGUCUGAAAAAACUGAUCAAAUUUCAGAUAAAAGCAUAGUUAUUCCCAACAAACAUGUUACUAUAGCUGAUAGCAUCAAAAGUGAACAUUCAAGGUUUGUUGCUCCUCGAAUCCCAACCGACUAUUCAAUUGAAGUCCAGGAAACCACUUAUAAUGUACACAAGUACCCCUUGAUAUCGAAAUGCGGCUACAUAGAAAGGUUGGAAGCUCAGCCUCGGAACUCAAAUUCUGGCAAUGUGCUAAAGCUUGAAAGCUUUCCAGGUGGAUCUGAAACAUUUGUAACAAUUCUAAAAUUCUGUUAUAAUCUCCCCAUAGACUUCAACUCAGAUAAUGUAGCUGCACUAAGAUGUGCAUCAGAAUUCCUAGAGAUGACUGAAGAACUAGAAGAUGGCAAUCUCAUUUCCAAGACUGAAGCUUUCCUCACAUUUGUCGUGCUUUCUUCAUGGAAAGACACGGUUACUGUUCUGAAAUCUUGCGAAAAUCUCUCUCCGUGGGCUGAAAACAUUCAAAUUGUUAGAAGAUGCUGCGACUCUUUAGCUUGGAAGGCUUCUAAAAAUGAGCCCACGGGUGAGGAUGCAGCAUCCAAUCAAGAUAGCUGGUGGUUUGAUGAUAUGGCCACCUUCCGUAUUGAUCAUUUUAUGCGGAUAAUUUCAGCGAUAAGAGCAAAGGGAAUCAAGUCAGAGACAAUUGGUAACUGUAUUAUGCAAUAUGCUAAGAAAUGGCUACCAGGAAUGCAUGAGGAGUUGGAAGGGCUAAAAGGAUAUGGGUAUGGGAAAAGUAAUCUACAGUUCACUAUAUUUAAUAUGAACAAACAAGAGAGCACGAGACAUAGUAAGGAGCAAACAACUAUUAUUGAAAGCCUAAUAAGCAUCAUUCCUCCUCAACAAGAAGCUGUCCCAUGUAAGUUCUUGUUGCAAAUGUUAAAGAUGGCAAUGAUGUAUUCGGUAUCACCAACUCUCAUUUCCGACCUUGAAAAGAGAGUUGGCGCUGUGUUAGAAGAUGCUGAGGUGAAUGAUCUUUUAAUUCCUAGAUACCAAUAUGGAGAUCAUAGAAUCAUGGUCAACAUGCCUAAUUCACUUGAAGACUGCACAAUGCAAGACAUAGACGUAGUGCAACGGAUCGUUGAAUACUUCUUGAUGCAUGAAAAACAGCAUAUGCAACAGCAACAAAAGUCUGGAAAAUUCAAGAUCAGCAGGCUCUUAGAUAAUUACCUAGCCGAAGUUGCAACAGAUCCAAAUCUUUCAAUUACAAAGUUCCAUGUCUUAGCUGAACUGCUACCAGAACAUACUCGAUCAUUUGAUGACGGUCUAUAUAGAGCCAUUGACACUUACCUAAAGACCCAUCCCUUACUGACAGACCAUGACCGUAGAAGACUCUGCAAAAUAAUGAAUUGUGAAAAACUCUCACUUGACGCAUGUUUACAUGCUGCACAGAACGAUAGAUUGCCUCUAAGAACUGUUGUCCAGGUUUUGUUUACAGAGCAAGUAAAGAUGAGAGCAGCAAUGCAAGAGAAGGAACCAGUCCAAAGUGGAAUCAUCAUCUCAGAACAAGAAGGAAACCAAACAUCUGCAACUAAUGACAUUAAAACACUCAAAGCAGAACUCGAGAAUGUAAAGUCCAAGAUGGUAGAACUGCAGAAUGACUACUUUGAGUUGCAAGAAGAGUAUAAAAAGUUAAGCAACAAAGAAAAGCCAAAGAAUUCAUUAAGCUUGGGUAUAAAUUGGCGGAAGAUCAAGAACUCAUUUCAUGUAAAACCAAGAGAUGGACAAGAUACACCCGUGUCACCAAAACCCACUCGACGUAGAUCAACCCCGAGAAGAAGGCUUUCUGUGUCUUAA